AUGCCUGAUGUACACUUCGAAAUCAUCGGUUUAGAUGAUAUUGGUAAAGAUGUUGUUAAAAUCUCACCAACAAAAAAACUUAUUCAUCGCUCAAGUUGUAAAUUAACUGAUGCUGAUGUUGAAAAUCUUAAACAUUAUCUUAAUCGUUACAAUCAACCAUGUUCAAAAUCAAUAGUUAAUAAAAAAACUAUUCAAGAAAUUUCAUCCCCAGAUUUAACUAAAAUCUUUAGUAAUUCAUUUACACAUCGUCAUCAACAACAAGAUUAUGUUGAUAUUACAGAUGAUUUUUAUUCGGAUAAAUUUUCUACUGAACGUGUUAAACCAUCUGAACAUUCUCAACCAUUAGCUGAUAUUUAUCGAUAUCAUCAUCAUUAUCGACGACAUCAUCAUCAUCAUACGAAACCAGCUCAUGAAAAACCAGCAACAUCUAUAGCCACUAAUGAUAAACAAGCACUUUCUCUUGAAUUUGCAACAUGUGGUAUGAAAAAAAAUACACGAUUACCAGUACCAAAUGAAAAUUUUUCUUUAACUAAUGGAUGUUUUGGAGACGAUGCUGGAUUUACAAUACGAUCUAAAAAACAAAAUUUUCUAGGAAUUUCUGAUGGUGCCGGUGGUAAUUUAAUGUACGGUUUUGAUCCUCGUCUAUUCUCUGAAUCAUUAAUGCGUAAUUGCUCAAAAUUAGCCGACUCAGGAAAAUAUUUAGCUGAAGAACCCAAACGUCUUCUAUGUCAUGCAUUUGAUUGUGUUCAAACUGAAAAUUGCUUUGGUAGUGCUACAGCCUGUGUUGUUGGUUUUGAUUGUCAUACAGGUCAACUUCAUUCAGUAAAUAUUGGUGAUUCAGGUUACGUUAUUAUUCGAAAAGGUCAUGUUGUUUAUCGAUCACGUUCACAAAAAAUGAAUGGUGAUUGUCCAAGACAAUUGGAUGUUUAUCCCUGGACAGCAUCAUUAAAAAAGAAAGGUCUCAAUUAUACUCAAAUAUCGAGUCUUGAUGCUAUUUGUCAAAAUUUUCAAUUAGAAUUAGAUGAUAUAAUUAUUCUGUCUACAGAUGGUCUAUUUGACAAUGUACCUGAUCGAUUAAUUGAAAGAAUGAUAUCUAAAAAUCAUUCAUUAAAACAUGUAGCUAAUGAUUUAGUUAAUCAUGCUGUUCGUUUUUAUGUUAAACCAGAUGAUAUUCUUGUAAUUAUGGCACGAGUAAUAGCAAAUAAUGAUAAGAAAUAA